CAGCCCAGCCCGCUCUCCAGGAGUGGAGUCAGAAAUCAUCAUGAUGAAUGGGGUCUACAAGGAGAGGUUUCCAAAGGCCACAGCCCAGAUGGAAGAAAAGCUCAAGUCAUUCAUCGACAACAAUGCAACUCUAGACCUGGCGCAGGAGUCAGAUGCUGUGCUGUGUUUCUUGCAUUACCAGGUACUUGAGCUGGCCAGGGACUGUCUGAACAAAUCUGCGGAGAAGGUGACUUCCAAGGGCUAUUUCUAUGAGCUGCUGGACAACCUGGAGAAGUUGCUGCAAGAUGCCCGAGAGCGGUCACUGGAUGCAUACAAAAAUCUUUACCCACUAGUCAAACAACUGUUGCUCAUUGUAUCAAGGCCACUCAGACUUCUGGAGUGUUUGGAGUUUGACCCUGAAGAGUUCUACAUGCUUCUGGAAGCUGCUGAAGGUCAAGCGAAGCAGACGAUCAAAGCUGACAUUCCACAGUACAUCAUCUCUAAGCUGGGCCUGGCUGGGGACCCCUUGUCAGACAUGACUCCAGUGGACAGCUAUGACUCGUCACUGGAUCAAGGGACAGGAGCAGAAGGAGACAAGGAAGAUGAUGGAGACCCAGAGUUCGAGUCCCAGGAACAAGACGGAUCUACCCUCACCAAACCCAAACAGCCGUGCGAGGAAGAUUACGAGACAAUCAAACUGAUUAGCAAUGGAGCAUAUGCUGCUGUGUACUUGGUUCGGCACAAGGAGACUCGGCAAAGAUUUGCCAUGAAGAAGAUCUGCAAGCAGAACUUGGUGCUGAGGAAUCAGAUAGAGCAGGUGUUCCUGGAGCGAGACAUUCUGUCGUUCACCGACAAUCCCUUUGUUGUGUCCAUGUACUGCAGUUUUGAGACCAAGAAACAUCUGUGCAUGGUCAUGGAGUAUGUAGAAGGUGGUGACUGUGCCACUUUACUGAAGAAUGUUGGGAGUCUAGCUUUGGACCUGGCCAGAAUGUACUUUGCUGAGACGGUGCUAGCUCUGGAAUAUCUCCACAGUUAUGGGAUUGUCCAUCGAGAUCUGAAACCUGACAAUUUGCUGAUAACUGCCCUGGGUCAUGUCAAGUUGACUGAUUUUGGCCUCUCAAAGAUUGGACUCAUGAGCUUGACCACAAAUCUCUAUGAGGAUGCCCUGGACAAGGACUGCAAACAGUUCCGAGACAAGCAGGUGUUUGGAACACCAGAGUACAUUGCCCCUGAAGUCAUCCUCAAGUCUGGAUAUGGGAAACCUGUCGACUGGUGGUCUAUGGGCAUCAUCCUGUAUGAAUUUCUGGUGGGUUGUGUCCCAUUCUUUGGUGACACCCCUGAAGAGCUCUUCUCCCAGGUCAUCAAUGAGAGCAUACAGUGGCCAGAUGAAGAGGAGUGGUCAGUCCGUGACGAUGCCAAAGAUCUCAUCCUGGGACUGCUGCAACAUGACCCACUGCAGAGACUGGGCACAGGAGGAGCCCAGGAGGUGAAGGACCAUGUGUUCUUUGUGGGACUCAACUGGGAGAACUUGCUGAGGCAGAAGGCAGAGUUUGUACCUCAGCUGGAUGGAGAGGAUGACACCAGCUACUUUGAUAGUCGAGUUGAGAGGUACAACCACGCCAUAGACACAGAAGAUACGGAAGAUGAUGGCGAAGACUUACUGUUCCACAGCUUCUCCUCCUGCUCGCCUCGUUAUUCAAAAGUCUACAACCGAGGCCUGGAGCCGCUGAUUAAUGAUGAACUCAAGGAAAGGCGGAGACAUUCAAGUGCUGACGACUUCAGGCUUAGGGUUCUGGAGAAAAGAGCUUUGGAGCGCAAGGAUUCCAAUCAUUCUGAAGGCUCUGAUGGGUCUCUGGAGUUGAUGAGAAGAAAAGACAGUGUGCUGUCCGACACCACAGACAGUGACAGGGGGCAGCAGGAUGAUGAUGUGUACAGAGGUCAUGAAAGACAUGCCAGUGACAACCUCAGUAUAUCCGACUCAUCGCAGACUGACAGUGACUCCUGUAACUCACCUCAGGUGGUGCGAGCCAACAGGCUGCCCUUGAGGAAUAUCAUCCCCAAGUUUGCCAUCUCCUCAGAGGAGGACAAAACAACCAGCCCCAAAGAACUCUCACCAGUGGAGGAAGGAAAAGAAGGCAGCAAGGAGAGAGGUGACCAGAAAUCAAAGGGAGAUAACAAGUUAACCAUGCAGAAGUCGGUUUCUGCCAAUGCUUUGACAUUGCUCAUUACGUCUGCUGCUGGUGAUGAAUUCACAACCCCAAAAGCGGCUUCUCCGGGAGGUUCCAGCACAAGUUCCCGAGACGGAUCACCCAGCCGGGACACAUCCCCCCUGGCCCGUGGCUUGAAACCACCUAUUAUCCUCAAAAGAGGAGCUCGAGGUUUUGGUUUCAGCUUCAGGUCCAUUCGGGUGUACAUUGGAGAGUCAGAUGUGUACACAUUACAGCAUAUUGUUACUGAGGUGGAAGCCAACAGUCCCAGUUUUGAGGCUGGGCUGCGGACCGGAGAUCUCAUCACUCACAUUAACGACGAAAGUGUCCAGAGCCUCCUUCACACUCAGGUUGUUCAUCUGCUCAGCUCUGGGAGCAUCGUCAACAUCCGAGCUGUGCCCAUUGACAAAACUUCCAUCAAAGAAGGUUCCAGACGGAAAGGUAACCCAGGAAAGAUGGCUCGGCGCAGCGUUAAGAAACGUCAGCAGAAGGAUAAGGCUCAGGAGAAGAAGAAAGGGAGAAAUCUGCUCCGUCGUUUGAGCGCUAAAAAGACAGAACCUUUAUUCCAGCAUAGUCCACACCUGCCACCUGGAAGGCAGCAGUUCACACCUUUAGGCAGGUCCAUUUCCUCAGGUGAAGCCAUUUCUCUUCAUGGUAAACUAAGUCACUCAUCACCGAUGUCUCUGCCCUGGUCACCGGAUUCAUCCCAAGCAGGUUCAUCAACUUCUAGCUCACCAAGUUCAAGUGCACCCAACUCACCUGCCACACAGGUAACAGUCGCCACUGCCCACAUGGGUCGACCCAGUUCUUUGCAGGUAGUUAAACAUAAGAAGACCGCCAGUCUCAAGUCUCCACACCGGCGGAAGUCAGUCCAUAACUUCCCACUGUCACCUCUGGCUCGAACGCCCUCUCCUUCUGCAAUGACAUCAGCUCCGGCCAGAAGUCCUUCUCCGUUGACACUGCCUCAGGGACACCAGGUUGGCAGCUCCAACAUGCCCCAGCAGACAAUACCUUCCCACCUCAACAGCCACUCAACCUGCCAGCAGCAUGCUUCUGCUGCCACCAGCAAGAAAUCCUUGGCAACCCCUUCUCCGGUUAAAUCCCUCGCCCACUCCACCACAUCCUCCUUUCCCCCACCAAACGCAAGAAUCGCUCUGGGUCGACCCAAAAGCUGUGAGCCAGAAUCUCCCAUUAUCAAAAGACGAACAUCCUCGCCCGAAAGGCUUCAUCCAAGCUCAGCCAAUCAGAGGAUAGCAGGCACGAGUAGUGGAGGGGUUGUGGACAAACUGCCUCCCCCGCACAGAAAAGUAUCCCUACAGGAGAGGUCAUCAGCUCCACAUUCUGCUCCACCCUGA